CGCAUGUACACGAUGACCUUAACGUAAUCCCCAGCUUCACUUCUCCAGUCGGUUCAUCACUUCACCCUCAAAAACUCCCUUUUUUUUUUCCCGUUCUUUCAAGUUUAUCACAAUUAAUGAUUCACAACAGAAUUUAGCGUUUAUAAUAUUUAUUGAUCUGAAAGAAAACGAAGGAAAAGUUUUGAGUUUUGUUCUGGUUUGGUUUGGCUUGUGUCUCUCUGUUUUUCCCCCAAACACUGCGUCGGCGAGUUCAUCUUUGUUGGUUCUUGUGAAGAAGCUUUAGCAGAGUAGCUGGUGAGAAGAUUAGUUUAUGGGGGAAUCAGCAGCCACCCACCACCAUACUUUGCCGGCGGCGCCGCCGAAUUUGGCAAUGUCUCGAGGCCCCACUUGGACUCCUGCCGAGCAGCUUCAACAGUUGCACUACUGCAUCCACUCUAAUCCUUCUUGGCCUGAAGCUGUUUUGCUGGCUUUUCAGCACUAUAUUGUGGUGCUUGGAACUAUUGUUCUUAUUGCCACUACGCUUGUGCCUAGAAUGGGUGGUAGCCCUGAAGAUAAAGCUCGAGUGAUUCAAACUUUGCUUUUUACUGCGGGGUUGAAUACUUUACUUCAAACUGCUCUCGGGUCGAGGCUCCCGACGGUGAUGCGGCCGUCGUUCAUAUUCAUUAUACCUGUGUUGUCAAUCAUCAAGGAUUUCUCUGAUCAGACCUUUUCAAAUGAACAUGAGAGAUUCACCCAUACCGUCCGAACAAUCCAAGGCUCGUUGAUCGUUGCUUCAUUUAUAAACAUUAUACUUGGAUUUAGUAGGGCAUGGGGGCAUCUAACCAGACUUUUUAGUCCCGUAGUCAUUGUACCUCUGGUUUGCGUGGUCGGUCUUGGUCUGUUUAUGAGAGGCUUCCCAAUGCUUGCUAAUUGUGUGGAGAUUGGCUUGCCCAUGUUGAUUCUCCUUGUUGUAGGCCAGCAGUAUUUGAGGCGUAUCCAUCAUCGGGUUGAUAUCGUAGUUGAGAGAUUUGGUCUGCUUAUCUGCAUUGCUCUCAUUUGGGCUUUUGCUGCUAUUCUCACUGUCGCUGGAGCUUACAAUCAUGUCCGGGAGGUGACUAAACAGAGUUGCCGUACAGAUCGCUCGUACCUUAUCUCGUCUGCUUCUUGGAUUAGAGCCCCUUAUCCAUUUCAGUGGGGAACACCGAUAUUUCGUGCCAGCCAUGUUUUCGGCAUGAUGGGGGCUACACUUGUUACAGCUGCAGAGUCAACUGGGGCAUAUUUUGCAGCCGCGCGGCUUUCAGGUGCUACCCCACCUCCAGCUUACAUUUUUAACAGAAGUAUCGGUUUGCAGGGUCUUGGACUGUUGGUCGAGGGAAUUUUUGGUUCGAUCGCGGGCAACUCUGCAUCAGUUGAAAAUGUUGGCCUUCUUGGACUCACACAUAUAGGAAGCAGGAGGGUUGUGCAGAUAUCGACUGCAUUCAUGAUCUUCUUCUCCAUAUUUGGUAAGUUCGGUGCGUUCUUUGCUUCCAUUCCUUUACCGAUAUUUGGUGCUAUAUACUGUGUUUUAUUCGGCAUUGUCGCUGCUACAGGGAUCUCAUUCAUGCAAUUCACUAACAACAAUUCCAUGAGAAACCUCUACAUUAUUGGCCUCUCCUUGUUCCUCAGCAUCUCCAUACCUCAGUAUUUUGUCACGAACACAUCACAAGAUGGUCGUGGACCGGUUCAAACAGCGGGUGGAUGGUUCAACGAUAUCCUAAACUCCAUAUUCUCAUCCGCCCCAACAAUCGCCAUAAUUAUCGGAACACUGCUCGACCAAACGCUCGAUGCAAAGCCCUCAAUCAACGACCGAGGAGUCUCGUGGUGGAAACCAUUCCAACACAAGAAGGGAGACGUUAGAAACGAUGAAUUUUAUAGCCUUCCUCUAAGGAUAAACGAGUAUAUACCAACCAGAUUCCACUGAAAAUGAUUGCCUUCCUUCGUGUUUGUUUAUAUAGUACUGUGAUGAAAGAAUUACACAGGCAUAACCAGAUGUUGUUCUGUCCAAAAUCGAACAAACAAGUAGAGAUUUUUCUUACUAAUUUCAUAUUCUUUUUCUUGCAAUGGGGCAUUUUGAUUGAUCAAUCAAUGAUAUUUCAAAGGUUGAGAG